CUCAAACUGGACGCUUCAGUGCCGCUUCAGAAGCCUGAACUAGUCCCAACCCUCCUAGUGACGCCGCCCUUUCUCUUUUUAAUAGCUUUCUGAUGAUAUGAAGGAUUAACAUUCCUCGCUGUUAGGCCUUUGCUACCAACAUAUGUAAGGCAAGGGGCCUAAGCAUCCCCAUGUUGAAAGAACCGGGCUGCGUUUGAAGUGUAAGGUAGGUACCUACCCUGGUCGUCAAUGCUGACACCCGAACAUCGCAGUCUGAGGCACUACGUAGGUGCUUCAGCUUAUCAUGUUACCCACCUUACCUGUACAACAACGUUUUUGACUGGUUGUAACCUUCCAACUCAGUCGGCCAUGGAAGGUGCAUCACCAUAAAAGGUACAUUGAGUUUGUACCCAGGUAGAAAUCAUGGAUUGCUGCACAACUUAACUGCCUGGAUCCAAUGCACAACUUCUCCGGUUCUAGAAUUCCCACGAUCAUCAAUCUGACCAAGCAACAAACUUCCUUGCUCGAGUAUGUCAAAUCAUUGCAGCAAGCUACUAAGUUAUAUGGCACUAAUGUGGUGUAUGUUUUAAUCGCCUCACACUGAUCAAAUCCCCGUAAAUUACAAAAAGACAUUCAAACCUGACACCUACCUGAGUCGGGUCGACAUCAUACGCAACUGGAACGCCUCCGAUCCCCAACGGUUCAUGAUACAGGAGCACAACCACGGCAGUCCUUGCUGCAAACAACAGUUUUAUUCUGGCGAUUCCGUGUCCAGCCUCAUACACUUCAUGAUUCUUGGGGCCCAAGUGACUAACGCCCGACACUACCACUCAUAUAGUAGGUAAGCGGCCAGUAUGGCUGCCUUUAAUGCCAAUCUUGCUGGCGCAACAGAGCGUUCCUUCUCUUCGUCACUCUCGCCGGACCGAGUUGUCGCCAGCUCAGAAGAUGACAAUGCUGCGGCCUCCACCCUCGAUCCUGAUUUUUUCAAGAGUCUGACCGAUAAGAGGACGACGCGCGACGGAAACCCCCCCAAGAAGCGAGGGCCCAAGCCCAACAGCAAGCCGGCCUUAACCAGGCGGCAAGAGUUGAAUCGUCAGGCACAGAGAACACAUCGCGAAAGAAAGGAGCUCUACAUCAAGGCACUGGAAGAUGAAGUUCUUCGUCUCAAAGAGGUAUUCAGCAAUGUUUCAUUGGAUAGGGAGAGAUUGGCCGAUGAGAACAAACGGCUGCGAGACACUUUGGCACAGGCUGGGCUUCAACACAGCAGCCCGCAUGUUGCAGGCAGCGCGACGAGCGGUUCAGUCAAUACAAGUUCCCCGCCCUUGACCUCGCGAUCGACGGCGCCGUCAGUUGGCUCACCAAUGAACCUACCUGUGGCCGUCAAUCAAGGUUCCACGACCGGCCAACCGCACGGAAUGCCCCAGCCGCUUUAUCGUGGAAACCCUGGGCUGGAACAGGCGGGCAUUGACUUCGUUUUAACUCUCGAGAGGCCGUGCAUGACACAUAUCCAGUUCAUGGUUGAGAGAGCAUCUGAGCCUGAGGGCGAACCCUGUGGGCAUGCACUUAUGGCAUCGUGCCCGCCAGAUCCGGCUCCAGAAACAAGACCAGGUUUACCCUUCGGGAAAACUCAUAUUCCACUAGAUGGCGAUACGAACCAGAAGACGUGGGAAGUACCAAAAGCAGAUCUUGCCACUUUAUUGGAUUUAAGUAAGAGCAUCGACCUCGAUGGUGAGGUAACUCCUAUCAUGUCUUGGGGUAUGCUCAUGUCACACCCAAGGGCAAAUGAAUUGGAGGUGGUCGACUUCCGAAAGCUGAGUGAAGAGCUCGUUCGGAAAGUGAGAUGUUAUGGCUUUGGUGCUGUAAUGGAGGAAUUUGAGGUGCGAGAUGCUAUCGACAGUGUGUUCAGCGGUAAGGACUCGAUGAUGGGUGAAUAGGAGUUUGUGUUGUGUUUUUCCACUAGGGGGGAACGGUAGCUGUUGUUUGGAUAUUACUGUUUACUAUUUUGACAUCUUAAUGAUGAGCAUAUCUCUGGCAUCUCUCCUUACCUAUUCUAGCUAUUAUAAGUUACAAAAUCCGUUAAAAACCACAC